ACACAAAGCCUAGAAUAUUGCACCAGUCCACCCAUUAAAACACUCGCCAUUUCUUUGAUCAAAGAGCAUUUUGCCAACCGUCAACUCUCUUCGCUAUUUUCGAAUCGGAGUAAAAUAUCAAAGCUCCUUCAUCAAGUGUCGUACGCAAGUGUUCGAGCGAGGAUGUUGGUGAAAGCAAUCAAAAAAUUUGCUAUUGAUCACAUCGUUGUAACUGAAGACAAGAUUUUGAAGACAGAAUUUUCGAGUUACGAAAAGUUCUUGAAGUUUGUCGUUACAUUUGAUCUGCGCUCUCUCGUGAUCGAUGGGAAAAUACCGUUCACAACCCAACGAGUCAUCGGCACUUGCGUAAGCGUUGAAAGCAUCAAAGAGAGGCUAAACGCGUUUCCAGCAAUCAUUCAAAAUCUUCCCAAAAUUCUUAGCGCGGCGGAUGAGUUACUUCAUGUUGGGAAAAUGAACGGACACGAGUAGUCCAAAAUUAACGUUAGCCGUUAGAGUUUUUACUUUACGUAAUCCAAUUCAUAUUAGAAAUAAAACUUUAAUUAUUUUUUUCGUACAAUGAUGUGUUCGUACUUACAGUGCUGCAACAUCAUUUCUAUGUAACAUUUAUAUGAUUCAAUAUAUUACCACAUUCGUGGCAACAUCUA